GGCUGAGGCGGUGACGGUUGCCCGGACCAAGUCGACCGUAGGGCAAGGGGCGCGCCGCCGGGCUGGGAGUCUGAGUUGUGGGGUUUGAGGGGCGGGCGGAAACAAGGCUUUUCUGGGGAGCCGGGAAGUAGAAGCUAGGCUUGAAAAUGGAGAUGUACGAAACCCUUGGCAAAGUGGGAGAGGGAAGUUACGGAACAGUCAUGAAGUGUAAACAUAAGAAUACCGGGCAGAUAGUGGCCAUUAAGAUUUUUUAUGAGAAACCAGAAAAAUCUGUCAACAAGAUUGCAAUGAGAGAAAUAAAGUUCCUAAAGCAAUUUCGUCAUGAAAACCUGGUCAAUCUGAUUGAAGUGUUUAGACAGAAAAAGAAAAUUCAUUUGGUGUUUGAAUUUAUUGACCACACAGUGUUAGAUGAGCUACAACAUUAUUGUCAUGGACUGGAGAGUAAACGACUCAGGAAAUACCUCUUCCAGAUCCUUCGAGCAAUAGAAUAUCUUCACAAUAACAACAUCAUUCAUCGAGAUAUAAAACCUGAGAAUAUUUUAGUAUCCCAGUCAGGAAUUACUAAGCUCUGUGAUUUUGGUUUUGCACGAACUCUUGCAGCUCCUGGAGACAUUUAUACAGACUACGUGGCCACACGCUGGUACAGAGCUCCAGAAUUAGUAUUAAAGGAUACGUCUUACGGAAAACCUGUGGAUAUAUGGGCUUUGGGGUGUAUGAUUAUUGAGAUGGCCACUGGGAAUCCCCAUCUGCCCAGCAGCUCUGAUUUGGAUUUACUUCAUAAGAUUGUUUCAAAAGUAGGCAAUUUGACACCUCAUUUGCAGAGUAUCUUUUCUAAGAAUCCUAUUUUUGCUGGAGUAGUCCUUCCUCAAGUUCAACACCCAAAGAAUGCAAGGAAAAAAUACCCAAAACUUAAUGGAUUGCUGGCAGAUAUAGUUCAUGCUUGCUUGCAAAUUGAUCCUGCUGAGAGGAUAUCAUCUACUGAUCUUUUGCAUCAUGAAUAUUUUACUAGAGAUGGAUUUAUUGAAAAAUUUAUACCAGAACUGAAAGCUAAGUUACUACAAGAGGCAAGAGUCAACUCAUUCAUAAAACCAAAGACAUACUAUAAAGAAAAUGAAUUUAAAGAAGAUGAAAGCAAACCAAUGUUUACCAAUACAUUGCUAAGUAGUUCUGUUUUGAAAAGGGAAAUGGAAAGAGAAAAAAAACCCAAGGAUGUCAAAGUCAGAGUUAUUAAAGUUAAAGGAGGAAAAGUAGAUCUUUCAGAACCAAAAAAGACAGAGCAUGAAGUUGGAAGUUGUCAGCAGAAAGCACUUGAAGGUGCUCAUGCUGUGGCUGAAGACAGCAGACCUGCAGUCAUGGAACCCCCAAGCUGUGUCAAUCCGAGCACCAAUUCUAAUAUCAUGAGAGACGAUCUGCCUUCUGGAAGCUGUAUGACAAUGCCACCCAUCAACCUAACUUCCAGUAAUUUGAUGACUACAACUCUCAAUUCUAAUUUCUCCCACCCCAGUUCAAGGUUAGCUGAAAGAGCAAAAAGGAGACGCACUUCCUUACAGUAUGUUGGACAAGCUGUGUCUGACAACAGGCAGGAGGAUGGAGGUCCUGUGCAAAGCCAAAUAGAGAAGAAUGUAUUUAAGGGUCAAAGUGGCCAGAUGGCAAUUGGAAACAAAAGGAAGGUGAAUUUUUCCAGGUCUGACAGAAAGGAAUUUCAUUUCCCAGAAUUGCCUUUCACAGUACAGUCUAAGGAUAUGAAAGGAAUGGAAGUUAAACAGAUAAAAAUGCUGAAGAAGGAUUCAAAGAAAACAGAUUUGUCUAAAAUACAAACUUCACAUCGACCAAAAUCAGGAAAAACAAGAGGGUGGAGAUGGCCAUUGUGAGGGGAAGAAUUUGAAGAGGAACAGAUUUUUUUUCUGGUAGUGUCUUUCAAAUUCUCUUAAAAAUACAAAUUGACAACUCUUCCCUUUUUUACAUACAAUAGCCAUGCAACAUCAUACAUAUUGUUUUGUUAUUACAGUAUAUUCAGUUUUAUUCUUUCUUCUAAUAUCUCUGUAUGCUUUACUUGGGAGUAUAUAAAGUCAUCUCCUCUCUGCCUACCUCUGUUCUUAGUAUGAUUGCUAAGUGGUGUCACAUCCUGUCACAGGACACGCACUGUGCUCACACUGAUCUCUGCCUCUCAUGGUCACACAGCCUUGCGUUAGUUAUCUCCUAGAACGCCCAGGCUUUCUGACCUGAGUUCUUCAGGAGAUACCUGACUUAUUGUUUUAAAAGCUAUUUGUUAUCAAUACAUGUUGAAAAAAUUUGUUCUGUGGAUCAGCAGUAAAAGUAUUUUAAAAAUAACUAAAAGUGAUAUAAUACUCAAAUGUUAAAUUAUUUUACCCUUUCAAACAAUUGCCAGCACUCUUGCAUUUUCCUAGUUCCAUCUGAUAGUGCCUUUUAUGCCUGAAGACUUAUCCUAAUUCAUAAAGCAAAUCAUAUCCCAACCCAGGAGGGUACACUACUUCUUUAGUCUAUCAUGAUGCUAUAACUGUACAAACAGUGAUCUGUGAAGAAUAUAAGUUUAUUAACCUCACAGUUCUGAAGGAAAUCCAUGAAUAUGGUGCUAACAUGCGACAGGGGCUCUGUGGUGAGGUGGUGGAAGGGGUCAAUGAGGAGAUAGAACCUGCAGGCUGGCUCAGGUCUGCCUUUCCUUACAGGGUCCCUCAUGCCAUGGUGGGGACAUCACCCAAAUGACCUCCCCGACUUCCCUCUCCAAAUAGUAUUAACAGAUAGAUUUCUGGUUUGCAUUUCUAGUAGGAUACAUUUAAAUUAUAACA